UACAGUGGAUCGGCAAGUCUUUUCAACUACUCAUGACAAGUUAAAAUUUUUUUCAAUUUUUCUUUGAAUAGCACAUUUCAGAAUGUCUAAGCCCUUUAAAUUAAGUGUUGUACUACAUGGCCAUUCGCUGGAUGUUCGUUCUGUUGCGGUCACCUCAAAGAAUGCCAUUAUAAGUGGAUCUCGAGAUCGAACUGCGAAAUUGUGGUUACCCAAUGAAAUUAAUACAGGAUAUAAUGCAGUAACGACCUACAAAGAUCAGAAGAACUUUGUCGCUAGCGUUUUAUACUUGGAACCUACCAAUGAAUUUCCCAGUGGACUAGUAGUAACUGGAGGAAAUGACCACUUAAUUUUAAUAUAUCAAAUGCACGAACCGUUCACGUCAUUUACUUUGAAGGAACACUCAAAUACAGUGUGUGCGCUAACAAAGGGUUUAGAGCCGAAUACAUUUUUAAGCAGCUCUUGGGAUUGCACGGCAAAGUUGUGGAGUCUCACGUUGUUACCAAACUCGGUUCGUACCUUUACCGGCCAUACUGCAGCUAUAUGGUCAGUUAUCCAGUUAAAAAAUGGCAAUGUAGUUACGGGCUGUGCCGAUAAAACCAUUGGCGUUUUUUCCAAAGACGGCUUUAGGAUUAAUACCAUUCAGGGUCACACCGAUUGCGUUAGAAGUCUGGUCGAACUACCCGAUGCCAACUGUUUUCUAAGUGCCUCUAACGAUGCGACUAUAAAAGUUUGGGAUUAUAACGGCUCCAAUUUGGAUACAUAUUACGGUCACACAAAUUACAUUUACUGUGUUGCGCGUAAUGAAUGUGGAGGUAAAAACUGUUUUGUAUCGUCUGAUGAAGAUAGAACUGUAAGGUAUUGGAAGGAUGGGGUUAAUACUGAAACGUUUAAAUUGCCGGCUCAGUCUGUGUGGACAGUGGCAUGCCUUCCAAAUGGUGAUAUUGUUACGGGGUCCAGUGAUAGUCUUGUAAGAGUUUUUACUCAAGAUGAAAACAGGGUAGCGAGUGAAGAUGCAUUGAGGGUUUUCAAUGAAGAGGUGGCUGCUUUAACCCAACAAAGCACUCAAGAAAUUGGAGGAUAUAAAGUAUCAGACUUACCUGGCAAGGAAGCUUUGUAUGAGCCCGGAAAGAAAGCCGGUGAAAUGAAAAUGGUCCGCGAACCUCAGGGCGUGGUAGCUUACACUUGGGUCGAUGAAGGAGAGAAUAGCCAUUGGGAGAAAGUGGGCGACGUAUUGGGCGGAGUUAAUCCUAAUGCCGGCGACAAAACUACUUACGAAGGAAAGUCGUAUGAUUUCGUUUUCACUGUGGACGUAGAGGAUGGAAAACCACCACUCAAAUUGCCUUACAACAAGGGAGAUGAUCCUUACGUGGCUGCUCAUAAUUUCCUAGAAAAAAAUAUAUUACCCGCCGCUUAUUUAGACCAGGUUGUCAAUUUUAUACUUAAAAACAGCGCGGAUCCAAACCAGAACCAGCAUGUUGAUCCUAAUUACGUCGAUCCUUUUACGGGGGCUUCCCGAUAUACGCCUUCAGGAUCCGGAUCGUCAGCCGGAAAUUCGGGAAUGAACCUAGAUCCGUUUACAGGCGCAAGCAGUUACUCGACGUUGCUCGGAAGCCAUCCUAAGAGAGAAUGCGGGACGGUUCAGUACUUGCCACAGAAAGAGUAUCGUACUUUCGAUGCCGGUGAUAUUUCAGUUGUUAUGAGAAAACUGGGAGAGUUUAACUCGAAAGCCGGUGACGCGGCGGUUAGUGGCGAAGCGCUUGAACGAAUCGCCCAUGUCUGUGAUUCAGGGGCAGCGGGGCAGAAUGUCGAUGUCUUAAUCAAUUUAUUAAAAUGGAAUGAUGAUAUUGUUUUUCCGGCACUGGACGUCUUACGAAUGGCAAUUAAAUCUCCAGAGAAUUGUAUCUCGAUCUUUACUAAAGAUGAUGGUUUUAUUAUGAGUAAAUUGAAGUUCUACACUAGUUCAGAAUGCAAAUCUCCCAAUUCUAUGUUAGUUGCAUUUCGUGUGCUUUGCAAUAUGUUUCUACAUCCAAUUAGUGAGGGAUUAAUCUUUAAAAAUCGUCUAGAAUUAUUGGAAAACAUUACAGGACUAAGUCAAGUUAAUAAAAAUAUUGAGAUUGCUGUAACAACAUUUCUGCUGAAUUUAUCAGUAUUAUCUACCAAAGAACGGGAUGAAUUUGGCAUGGUACUAUUAGCAAAUGUUCUACCUGACGUGAUCCUUUCCCUAAACGAUUGCGAAGCACAAUUUAGGGGACUGAUAGCCGUCGGCACGUUGAUUCUGCAUAUGGACACCAAAAAAAUUAUUACAGAUAAGAUUAAGGAAAACGGAAAUUUUACUGUCAAGUUGAAAGAUUGGUCCACAAAUGGCGGUACGGAUGCCGAAACUAAACGAAAAAACUGCACCAAUCAAGUUUUGUUACAUUUCUAAUUCUGUAAUUUGCAUUUUCAUUAAAUAUUUACAGUUCUACAAA